AUAACCUCAACAAAACUGACUUGUCAAUGUCAAACACCGAAAUUUAUAUAGUAAAAAAAUAUUGUGUACUUGAGAAAUAUUAAUUUAUUUAUUCAUUUAGUAUUUAAACGUAGGUCUUUUAGUAGGUGAAACAUUUUCAUCUUACUAUACCUACCAGAGGGCCAACUGGGGACUACUUACAUGGGACUACAGCUUUAAAUGGGACAACACAUUAAAGUGAUUUAGUAUUAGUAAACUAAAACCAUGGCGGUUUCCAGAAAUUUGAGAAUUAACCUAAGUUCUUUAACAAAGAACUGGAGAUAUUUUAGUUUGUUAACAGAAAAACCAAAGUCGCAAAAUGAACUGAUUAAUGAUAAAUUUAUUGAUGAAAGCAUUUCCGAGGAUUUGUCGUCGGUAACUCCAUACUACCCUAAUACUUUUAAUUUGGCUUCAUAUGUUAACAACUCAGAAUUUUUGCAGAAUUUACUACAUCUCAAUAUAAAUUUGAGUAAAAUUGAAAAGAAUCCGCAUGUUGUAAAUAAAAUACUUAAGUUGAAUUUUGAUGAUAUUAAGAAACACAUUUUGUUUAUCAAUGACUUUGUUGAUAAAGAAGAACUGGGAAAUUACCUAACUAAAAAUCCAUUAAUAUUAUGCCAGCCCCUUGAUGAUCUAGAGGUUCGAAUUAAUUAUUUACAGUCAAAACAUUUUUCUAAAAGUCAAAUAAGUAGAAUUAUUCAACACAAUCCCUUUUGGCUCAUGUUCAGCACUUUAAGAAUUGACAGAAGAUUGGGCUACUAUCAACAAAAGUUUGGUUUAUGUGGUGAUGAGGUCAGGUUUUUAGCAACAAAGCAACCUAGACUGAUAACAUACAGCUUACAUCAUGUAACAACCAACACAUUUGUUAUCAAAGAGGAAAUGGGCUUUGAAGAAUCUGAAGUAAAGAAACUUUUAUUAGAUAAACCUAGAUUGUGGAUGAUGAAUCAAAGAGCACUUCUAGAAAGAUUCAACCUGCUACAUAAUACAAUAAAAAUUCCACAUUCAACAAUAUUGCAGCAACCAGAAAUUUUAUUAUGUAGAAGUUUUAAAGUUAAACAACGAUAUUUGUUUUUACAAAAAUUAGGCAGAGCCCAAUUUGAUCCUACGAAAGAAAAUUAUGUUCCAAUAAUGGCUUUAGCUGAAGGAAGGGAUGUAGAUUUUUGUAAAUUAUACGCCAAAUGUAAUAUAAAUGAUUUUAAUGUGUUUCUCAAGACACUAUGA